GGCCUGGCCGAGGCCCCGAGGGGUGCGGGAGUGACCUGGGGCCCGAGCCCUGGCCGCAGGCACGCCCCAUGCCGGCCUCCCAGCCCCACCGGCACGCCGGCCCCUGCCCGCCGGCCCUCGGCGCGGGCCCUGCGGCCGUGGCGGAGCGCAGCGAGACCCCGACCUGAGCCCGGCUCGGCGCCGCCACAGCGCCGGGGGCAGCUCUCCGAGCAGAGCCCCGGAGGAUGGAAGAGAAAAGCAUGCUGUGUGACCUCUUUGAAGAGGAGAACCUUACCAGUCCCAGGGAGGAGAGCACUGAAGGUGAUGUGAAGACAUUUUGGACACUAUUGGGAGGUAGAAGAGUGGAUGUCAUAUUUGAGCAGCUGCAAAAUGUGCUGUCCUUGCUGAAGGAAAAGAUCAAGAAUGGAACUGCAACAAACCAAGAGUGCUGGCAGGCUUGGGCACUGGUGAAUGAAGCUAAUCUUGGUGAUCUCUUAACCUUGCCAAAUGUAAGUGAUGAAUUGAAUGGAGAUGAUGCACAGGAAACCAAACCCAAACUGCAGCCUCUUCUUCCAGAUGACAGUGCUGUAGACACUGUAGAAGCUUCUGACAGUAGUGAAAAAGAGGACAUGGAAAAAACCUGCUCAGGGAGUAAAGAAGCACCAAGCAAAAUUCAAGGUUUACCUUUAAAAGUUCAGUAUCAGAACCACAAGUGCUCUAGUGCGUGUCUUGCCAACAGAGCAGUGGGUUCCUACAAGGGUGAAAAUCCUCUGAAGAUCCCCAUCCUGUUUGACUUCCAAAGACGCCAUGCGAAAGCAGACUGCCUUUCAAAGCCGCUGGAUGUGAAUUACAAAGCUCCUUGUGGGCGCAGUCUGAGAAGCUUUCGAGAUGUGCGGAACUACUUGUUUGAAACAGAGUGCAGUUUCUUGUUUGUUGAUCACUUCUCCUUCAACACCUACGUGCUGUUGGGCAGGAACACCAUGAAUCCCGAGCCCCUGGUGUUUGAGUUCGACAUUAGCGACGGAGCCGAGUCUGUGCCCAUCUCCUUCUGUAACAGCCUCGACCACGCAAGAUUGCCUUAUUUCAAGUAUCGGAAGUCCUCGUGGCCACGUGGAUAUUAUCUCAACAAUCUCUCCAGCCUGUUUGUUGAUUCCUGUGACUGCACAGAUGGCUGCAUUGAUAGGUCCAAAUGUGCAUGCCUACAGCUAACAGCAAGAGGCUGCAGUAAAAUUUCUCUGUCUCCAAGUAGUAAAAGAUCCUGUGGGUACCGUUACAAGAGACUGGAGGGACCUGUUCCUAGUGGGAUUUAUGAGUGUAGUGUGCUGUGCAGGUGUGACAAGCUGAUGUGUCAGAACAGAGUUGUGCAGCAUGGCAUUCAAGUCAGGCUGCAAGUGUUCAACACGGAGAAGAAGGGCUGGGGUGUCCGCUGUCUGGAUGACAUCGACAAGGGGACAUUUGUUUGUACUUACUCAGGCAGAUUAAUGAGCAGAGCUGAAGUUUUGGGAGAUAGUGAGCAGGAGCUGAAGGAGAAAAGUGCAGUGAAUGAUAGAGGCCAUGGCUUUUCUUCCAAAAAAAGAAAACUUGACCUUGGUCGUUCAGACUCAGUGAUUGAACUAGUGCAGACUGACAAAAAUUACAUUCUUGAGAAUCGGGAUUCUUUGUCUCAGACUGUGGAUAAUGAAAAUAAAUCAACUCUGGUCCAUCAGAAGAACUCAAGUAAUGCAGCAGUGAGAAGGCCUGGAACUAGAACACUUGUGUUUCGCAAUCACCAGCCAGAAAUGGUGCACAGUACCAGCUCGGAUGAAGAUGAUAGUUCUCAGAUUCAUCAGCCAAGCAAAACAAAACUAACCAGUGGAACAAAGAAAGGAAAAGAAAAAUGCACCCAGCAGCAGAAGGAAGAGCAUCUGAUGGACAUGGGACAGACUGACUCUGCUGGUGUAGAGACUGCAGGAUGUGAAAGGAAGAGUCUGUCACUGCAAGGUGUUGAGUGUGGCAAGCCCAGUGUGCUGGAUGACACCUGUGUUGUGAGGCUGUCCAGCAAUGCACCCCUAAAAGCUGACUGCAGAGAAAAUAGCAGGCAGCCAAAACAAGAUGCACUUUGUGAGGAGUCUGAGGGUGAUGGGAUGCCUCCCAAGAACAGUAAUGAAGAAAAUAUUUAUGUACUGGAUGCCACAAAAGAAGGAAAUGUGGGUCGUUUUCUAAAUCACAGCUGCUGCCCAAAUCUCUUUGCACAAAGUGUGUUUGUAGAAACUCACAACAGAAGUUUUCCAUGGGUUGCAUUCUUCACAAACAGACAUGUGAAAGCUGGAACCGAACUCACCUGGGAUUAUGGUUAUGAAGCUGGAAGCAUGCCAGAGACAGAAAUUUCCUGUCACUGUGGAGUUCAGAAGUGCAGGAAAAAAACCUUAAACUGCCUGAAACGAAGGCGUAGCGAGCGUGGGGUCGGCAUCUUCGCCCCGGUAACAAGUGACGGGAAGCUGCACCCGGGGAGGCUCAGCCCUCGGGAAUGGCGGCCCGACGGCGGUGCCGGGCACGGGUAUCGAACCCGGGUACCUGGCCGUGACCCCGCCGCGCCCCCGGGUCCCCGGCCACCCCUUCCUUAUCACGUGACCGGCGCCUCCCCGGCGCGCCUUCCCGCGAGCGUCGUAGCCAAUCAGCGCCGCGCAGGUGUGCGGGGCGGAACAUCGGCGGGCGCCACCGCGCAUGCUCCAUGCCCAGGCCGGGCGCGCUCACUUCCGCGCGGGAGAGUUGAGGGCGGGGUAGGGGGCGGCGGUGGCGGCGGUGGCGGCGACGGCUCGCGCGAGCCGGGCCGCGAGUGGGCGGAGUUUGUGCUGUCAGAGGUGACGUCUCCAGCAGAGGAUAGUUUGGAGUAUCACACCCUCUUUCCUGUUCUAGGUGCUUUGUGGAUAAUGGCGAAGAUGGUGAGAACGACGUGUGCGUUUUGUUCAGAAGGGGAGGCUGGCUCUGUGAUGUACAUUGCCACAGAGAGAAAUAUUGCAGCUCAUCAGGAUUGUCUGUUAUUUUCCUCAGGAUUUGUGGAAUCUGAAGAUCAUAACCCAGAUAAUCUGGAAAUAAGGUUUGAUGUGUCAUCAGUGUUGAAGGAGCUGAGGAGAGGAAAGCGGCUGGCGUGCAGCUUCUGCCGCAAGAAGGGGGCCACGGUGGGCUGCGAGGAGCGCACGUGCCGCAGGAGCUACCACUUCUUCUGCGCCCUCUGCGACGAUGCCGCCGUGGAGACCGACGAGGUCAACGGCGUCUACAGAGUGUACUGCCCAAAACAUGACCCAGGGAAUAGGACCAAUCGCUAUGAUGCAGCUAAUAAGAAAAGAAGACGUACGUUGACAUCUCCCACCAUCACAGAAGAAAUGAGUACAGAAGAGACAGCAGAAGAAAACAGUUUACGAAUCCUAAAAAGAAAAAACAACAGGCAUAAAGUUCGGAUAGACUUUGUUAGGAAGUGCAAACAAGCUGGGCUUCUGGAUGAUAUAUUUGAAGAAAUGCUGGACACACUUCAUCUGGCUCAGGAAAAGCUGAUGGAUGACAACACUUCAGAAACAGAGUAUGAAGAGACAGUGAUGGCACUGUUUGACUGUGGACUGUUUGAAAACAUACUGACAAAUAUUUAUUCAGGAACAGAAGAAAAAAUCCAGAAACUUCUGGAAAACAGAAAAAGACUGGAUCACAAGAUUGAGCUGCUGCAGGACGUAAAAGAAGUCAUCCUUUCUACUCCAGAGAACAUGGCCAGUACAUCCAGUACAGCAUCUGAAUAACCCCUCUCUGUGAUGGUGCAAUUGUUAGGAAUUUUAAUGAUAAAAACCAUAGACCAGUCCGGUCAGUGCCCAAUUCCCCAGCCCCAAGAUGCGGGCUGAAUGGGUGCAAGAAUGUGGUGUUAUACUCAUUUUUAUACCUCACUGUUGCAAUAAUUAAAAGUCCUUCAAGUUUUCAAAUUUUCCUGUUCAAAUUUUUCCCUGCUUCUACUAUAAAUUUCCACUUAUAUUGCACAAUGGAACAUAAAUGAGUGUUACUAACUAAAUUUAGCUUUUGCAAAAACUUAACAGAACCCUCCAGGGAAGACUUGUUUCUCAGAGCCAGGGGAGUGUUCAGCUGCCACAGAACAUUUGCUAAAUUCACUUAACCUGUGUGAGCCCUCUCCUGCCUGGGCAGUAGUGCCUCGCUGUCCGUGUCUAUUCAGUGAUGUUUGAAGGAUCAUAGUGCUGCUUUGGCUUUCCCAAAGAACAUACAUGAGCAGGACUUGCACUCAAAGAAGCCUUCUGGAUUACAAACAGGAGUUUAAUUUAAAAAGCCAAACUAUUCUUCACUGACUGGUCAAGGUGCACUGUUUCUGCUAUACUGGCAGUGGUAAAGCAGUGUUUGCAGGCAGACCAGAAAGGGUUGGGCAUUGCACUCAGAACAAGUACAAUGUCAGAGGGGGCAAAACAGUGACUGAAUCUUCCCUUCUCCAUUAAGAAAGGGUUCAACUUUCAUGUGUUUUGUCUUUAAAAUAUUGUUUGAAUACAGAAAAGCCACAAUAGGCUAAGUUAAUAAAACAUUUUUUAAAGGA